AUGCCCCCUUCCACCGCCGCCGCCGCCGCUGCCGCGAAGAGCCCUUUCGGGGCCCUGCACGUCUUCACUGGUGGGACAGUUUUGCGAACAUCCGGCCUCGGCCACCGAAGCUCCUCCUCCGGGGCGAGAGGGUCACAGCCAAUGCCGCCGCCAUCACAGCGACCCUUCGACCGCGUCGGUCGCGAUGCCGACGGAAGUUUCGACGGCGACGGUCGACUUCGACGUGACGGCGCAUUCAUCAGCGGCAGUAGCGUGUCCAGCAUUAGCAUCGUACUCGAUGCCGCCUCAGCGACCGGCGUUGUAUCUGGCAGCGAUUCGGGCGCGAGUAAAGCUGUCUCGACCAGUGCUACUGCUGCUGUUGCUGCUGCCGGUGAAAUGCCGUCGCAUCGGCUACCGGCGGCAUCGCCGGCGUCGUCACCGGCGUCGCCGGCGCCAGCACCCGGAGCGGCGAUGGCAUCGCCCUCUUCUUCGUCGUCAGGCGUUCACGACGCCACGACGGCGGCGGCGGAGCCGUACUACGCAGCUGCCGAUACAUUGCCGUACAUGACAGCUAGGCCACUGCGUGGCAGCUCCGACAGCGCUUCUGCUUUUGCCGCCCCGAUCAUCUCCUCUGAUGUUGCUACUGCAGCGAUUGUGAGCAAUAUAGGCGGCGACGCGGCGGCAUCCCUCCCGACGGGCGGCUGCCCAAGCGGUUCCGUACAAAUCGAUUUAAGCUCUGGCGCGGAGACUUCGUCCCCCAACGCUAAGCAAGCCCACCUGAGCAUCAGCUUCCUGGCUUUGCCGCCGCCGCCGCCAGCGCUGAUGUCACAGGGCGGCGCGUUAGCAAGCGGACAAGUCAGCAGCGGCGGCGGCGGAGCCGCCGCCGCAGCUGUUGCGUCCAUGCCGCUGCCCAAGUGUCUUUACCGUACGACAGACGACACCUCCGUACCCGCCGGUGUCGUAUAUGCGCGAUUUCCUGAGGUGACACCGGCGGCGGAGGCAGCGGCCAAAGCUCCCGUCAGCGCUCCGAUCGACCGGUCGACCUACAUAAUGACUACUUCCACUACGUCUUCAUCGCGCGAUACCGCCGCCGCCGCCGCAGCCGCCGCCGCCGGCACUGAUCGCGCGGUUGAGGCUUCGGCGUCCGAGGCCGAACUUCGGGACGUUGACUUAGUGGCGACUAUCAGGGCCAACCCAGUCGACGUCAGCGCCGAUGACGCGACCCUUGACACGGAGGACUCCGCGGUCGGCACCGCCGCCGCCGCCGCCGCCACGCCGACGGGAACCGACAGCGACGACGGCGGCGGUCCCGCAGCGUUGCCGCCGGAGGUCCGCCGGAGGUUGAGCGGGCACCUGGGGCGACAGCGCACCAAGAGUAUCCGAAAUUGGAAAGACCUCUCGCACAGCAUGGCAGGUCAACCCCCCGGGUAUUGGCUCCUAGGCACCAUGCUGCUGCUGGUGGUGAUGAGCACCAUGCACCUGGCGGCCAACAUGGCCCUGUUGCUGGUUCUCGCCUCAUACCUGGAAUCGCUAUUCGGGUGCUGGCGGUUGCUGCCCGUGUGGGUGGUAGCCGGGGUGGCUGGGAACAUGGCCAGUGCGUUUUUCGAGAACCCGUGCACUCUGGUGGUUGGCUCUUCCGGGGCCGUGUUUGGGCUGCUAGGUGCCUUUGUGGCGGACGCUGCCAUCAACUUUGAAUCCAUUCCGUUAUUAUGGUUGCGGUUGGCGGGUAUGGCGGCGGUUGCGGCACUGCUGGUGGCUCUGCAGAUCACGGGCCACACCGGGGGCUCCAACACCCGGGGUAGCUCCACCUCUCAUGCCUCGCACGCGGGUGGCUUCCUCUCGGGCGGCAUGUUGGCCUGGCUGCUGCUACCGGACUUCAAGGCCCGCCGAAGCAUGAAGGUUUCGGAGCUUCUGACGGCUUCCGGCAUUUCGAGCAGCCUGCCAGAUCCCUCCUCCCCCGGUGGCGCCCAGCUGUACUCGUUCUGGCAGCGACACAAGAUCCUGUUGUACGGCAUGUACGGCGUGGCCGUACUCCUGCUACUGGUGAUGCUUUUGGCGCUGCCGCUGGUUCUGUACCUGAGGACGUUUCAGCGCAUGGUUUGUGGAUGA